AUGGCUUCAAACCAGCUAUCCAACGGCUCCUCCCACGACGGGGAACCCCAAGUCGAGGCUUACAUCACUUAUCCACCCGACAAGAGCACCACAAACGGCAUUCUCUUAAUCACAGAUGCGAUGGGCCACAAGUUCAUAAACUCUCAGCUUAUAGCCGACCAGUUCGCUGCAAAGGGCUACUUUGUUGUCAUGCCGGACAUGUUUGGCGGCGAUGCGGUGCCUGUCGAUCGACCCAUGGGCUUCAAAAUCAUGAACUGGGUGACGAAGCACUCGCCUGCCGAGACGGAUCCUAUCAUCAGCGCUGUCAUUAAGGAGAUGCGUGACACUAUGGGCUGUGAGCGCAUUGGAGGUGUUGGGUAUGGCUUUGGGGGGAAAUAUGUUUGUCGAUACCUUCGGCCGGGAUUGCUGGAUGUUGGGUUCAUUGCACAUCCGAGCAUGUUGGAAGGGGAUGAGCUGAGUGGGAUUGACGCGCCGUUGAGUAUUGCUGCUGCUGUUCGGGAUUUCGUCUUCGUCACGACUAAGCGUCGCGAGUGCGAGGUGAUCUUGGACAAGUUGGAGGUUCCUCAUCAGAUCAGUCUCUUUUCGGAGGUGGAGCAUGGGUUCGCAGUUCGCAGUGAUCUUUCUAAGCAUCGUCAGACAUUUGCCAAGAAACAGGCUUUCCAUCAAGCUGUUGCUUGGUUCGACCAUUAUCUGAAGGUUUAUUAA